GCCCCGGAGCAGACAUUAUCUUUUUGCCUUGGGGCACCAGCGGCUAUCGCUAAGUUUAAACCGUUGGUGGUGUAACAUGGUUUGUUGGAAAAGUCUAACGCCUAACUUCCCUCCGUCAGACGGCCUCGAGUCCAGCCCAGACACCAGGCAGCAGUGGCGCUUCUACGGCUACCUGACCGGCUACCUGACCUGCAUCACGGGCCAUCGCUGUGGGGUCUUCCAGAACCUGACCAUCCAGGAGGUCCAAGAGGCUUCCAGAAGCCCGGACGAGUCCGCCUAUGUCAUAAACAUCACCACGCAUAAGACAAACCGAGCCUUCGGCGCGGCUCAGCUGUCUCUCAACAAGGAAGAAUACAGCUGGUUCAGGAGGUUCUUGCAGCUGCGGGCUAGCCUCCCCGGGGGGAGCCAGGCCUCCUAUUUUUUUUUUACUUCCAGACCCAGUCCCUGUCGAACCCUGAACAAAUAUUUUCAAUCUGCAUGGACCAGCAUGGGGCUUCCCGGCAAGCCCACCUUCACUGACGUCCGAACUGCCAUCGCGACCCACGCAAAGAAUUCACAUUCUUCCGAGGAUCGCAGGAAGGUGGCCCAAUUCAUGUGCCACGAUACCUCAACCUCAGACAAGUUCUACGCGCUUCACCUAGGCCCUCUCCAAGCACGUGAGCACCGCAGACUCUUCGAGAGGGCCUUGGUGGAGGAGGAGGAGGAGGAGGAGGAGGAGGAGGCAGCGGGCAGAGAACGCCACUCAAGGAAGGGGCGCCAGAGGGCAGAGAGUCCCGGGUCACCCAUGGAGGGAACUAGCAGGAGGACGCUGCCAUGGCCGCCUUCGAAGGGGAAACGCCCCCUCGAAGCAACAGAAGACUCUGAAUCUUCCUAAAUAAAAAUUGAACAAUAAAGGUCAUAUGGUGUU